UCACUGAAACCCUCUCAGUCUGACAGCUUCUUCUCAACCAGGUGCCAUCAUGCCUUCAAACACCGCCGCCAGCAUGUUCGGGGGAGCCGGGGGCCGAGGCUCCAGGGCGUCCGUGGCGAGUCUGCAGGGGCUGCGCAGCGUCCUGCGCAAAGACAGCGACAGAGACUACGCACGGGCCGCUCCUGCCGCUCCCGCCGCGCCUGCCGCGCCUGCCGCCCCCGCGGAUGACAAGCAGACACUGCGCGGUCUGAACGACCGACUGUCCGGUUACCUGGACCGAGUGAAACAGCUGAGGGAGGAGAACGAGAACGUGGAAAAACAGAUCGAUGAGAUUUUGGCCAAGAGGAGAGAACUUGAGGACCGGGACUGGGACGAGAUAGAGAAACCUCUGGAUGUCCUCAAGAACAAGUUAAAAGACAUCACCAUGGAUAACGCCAAGCUGCUACUCCAGAUUGACAACACCAAAAUGGCCAACAAUGACUUCAAGGACAAGGCGGAUCACGAAAAAAAGUCCCGUGAGGAAAUGGAACGCGACCUGGACGACCUGAGGAAGACUGCUGUGGAAACCAGGCUGAACUGCGAGCAGAAACACAAGGAGAUUGUGCUGGUGAAGGACGAGCUUGUCCGCCUCAAGCUGGAACACAAGGAUGAUGUGGACGUCUUGCGUGAGAAGAUCAGGGAGUCCGUGGUGACGGUCGAGAUCGAUUCUCAGAAUUCCAACCUGGCUGAGAAUCUCAACAAGAUCCGCAGCCAGUAUGAUAAACUAGCCCAGAGGAACCGGCAGGAGACUGAUGAGUGGUACCAGAGCAAGUUUGAAAACAUCAAGGUGGAGGAGGCCCAAAAUGUGGAAGUCGUGCAUUCUGGAAAGAGAGAGCUUAAGGAUCUGUGCAAAGACAAACAAAUCCUGGAAAUUAAAAUCCAGGGUUUGCAGAGCACGAUCCAAAAUCUGGAGGAGACCCUGCGGAACACGGGAGAUGAGAAUGGCCAGCGGCUGGCACCUCUCAACAAGGUGAUCCUGGAGCUGGCGGAUGAGCUGGAGAAGGUGAGGUCACAGGUGGAGCGCCAGGUGGAAACCAACCAGGACCUGCUGUGUGUCAAGAUGAAGUUAGAGUCGGAAAUCAAUAACUACCAGCAGCUGAUCCUUGGGAUGACCAUUGACACUGACAGCUUGGAGUUCUCUUUAGACGAAGCACUGCAGAGUGAGCAACAAAUGCCUGACAAUGUGGUGCCCGAACAGCAGGAGGAAGUAAAAGAAGAAGCCAUAAUGAAGCAAGAAAGCAGCCCUGCUAAUAAAUAUAUCACCGAGGAGGAGGAGGAGGAGGAGGAGACUCCAGCUGAGGCAGAGGCAGCAGGAGACGUCAUCGAGGUCGCAGCCCAAAACCAUAAGAAAAAAAACAAAAAGCCCAAAACUAAGAAGAGUUCUUCCUCCUCCUCCUCCUCUUCUUCCUCUUCUUCUUCUUCCUCCUCUGAGUCCGAGAAAGAAGAUGAAAAGCCAAAACUUGAUCUUUAAACGUAUCAUAUUCGGUUGAUGCUGCCCAGACCUAAAGUGUUUUUCUUUCUCAGAUAUCAUAAAAAAAAUAAAAACUUUG